UCGGAUUAAAUGCAAAGAGCUUGUCAAGAAAAUUGCCAUCUACAGAAAUCGAUUGGCUAUCCAACUGCCAGAGAAAAUCUUCAUCUAUGAGUUGUAUUCAGAGGACUCAUCAGACAUGCAUUACCGGGUAAAGGAGAAGAUUGUCAAGAAGUUUGAGUGCAACCUCCUGGUGGUGUGUGCCAAUCACAUCAUCCUGUGCCAGGAGAAACGGCUGCAGUGCCUGUCCUUCAGCGGAGUGAAGGAGCGGGAGUGGCAGAUGGAGUCUCUCAUUCGUUACAUCAAGGUGAUCGGCGGCCCUCCUGGAAGGGAAGGCCUGUUAGUGGGGCUGAAGAAUGGACAGAUCCUGAAGAUCUUCGUGGACAAUCUCUUUGCUAUCAUCCUGCUGAAGCAGGCCACAGCCGUGCGCUGCUUGGACAUGAGUGCCUCCCGUAAGAAGCUGGCCGUGGUAGAUGAAAACGACACUUGCCUGGUGUAUGACAUCGACACCAAGGAGCUGCUUUUUCAGGAACCAAACGCCAACAGUGUGGCCUGGAACACCCAGUGUGAGGACAUGCUCUGCUUCUCAGGAGGAGGCUACCUCAACAUCAAAGCCAGCACCUUCCCUGUGCACCGGCAGAAGCUGCAGGGCUUUGUGGUCGGCUACAAUGGCUCCAAGAUCUUCUGCCUCCACGUCUUCUCCAUUUCUGCUGUGGAGGUGCCGCAGGUAACUGGGGGCACCUGUCCACUGUUAGCGCUGGCAAUGCGGACAAGAUCAGGGAAGCCAGUCCCCUUGCUGGUGCUUUAG